AUGGAUGAUGAGGAUCUGCUUGCUCUAAUCGUCAAUAAGAUUAGCAACCCAGAUGAUAGAAGAUCGUUUUCGGAGGUCUGCAAGCAAUGGCUGAGAGUGGAAGGUCUAAACCGAUCAUCCCUUCGUCUUCUCCGAUCCGAAUAUCUCCAUCAGGUACUCCCUAGAUUCCCAAAUUUACUCACAUUUGAAACUUCCAAGCCUAUCACUCAAACCAACCUCAAGUUCAUAGCUCAAACUUGUCGCGAUCUCGAGGCCAUCAACCUCAGUACCAAAGAUCACCCUCCAUUUAAGAAAAGUCCUGACUAUUGGGUUGAUGGUAUGAGCGUUUUGGCAAAGGGGUGUCCCAAACUAUCCCGGGUUAUGCUUAGACGGAGAUCGGUGAAUGUUCAUCUUACGUUUUUAAACUCAGCACACAAUUUGACACAUUUGGAUUUGGGACAUUGCUUGGUCUUGGACGAAGACCUCGAAGCAAUUGGGUCUUGUAGUUCGAUUAGCUACUUGAAUUUGAAAUGGGGUCUAAUCACGGAUGAAGGAUUGGGUUUUCUGGCAAAUGGUUCUUGCUCGAAAACCCUCAAGACAUUGAUCCUUGCUCAGUGUGACGAGAUUACAGAUGUUGGGGGUCUCGCUUUUGCACAAAAUGAGCUGCUUGGAGUAGCUGAAUUUGGCUUGGUUGUCAAAAACUGCACCAUUGCUGCUCUUGCUGAGAACUGCCGCAACUUGGAGGUGCUUAAUAUAAGUCGUUGUUCUUUGGUAACUGGAGCUGGUAUUCGUGCAUUUUCAACUCAUCCGUACUUAGAAUCUCUUGUGUAUGAUGUGGAACACGUAGUACUUGGGUGCCCUUCAUUGAAGUCUGUUGUGUUGAAAUCAGGGAGAAUUACGUGCAUAUAUGCUGCCUCUAAUGCAACUGAACACUCAGAAAUUCCUGAGGUUCGAAGAUUAAUGGGUAUGGUUGGAUGCAGCAACUCAGUUGCUGUAUUUCUUGGGGUGAGCAACUAG